AUGCCGACAAUCGAGGAGCUGAAGAAGUUUAUCGCCUCCCAUGAGGUGAAGAUCGAUGAUGCCGAGCAGGAGGCCGCGAACGAGCCGAACCGCAAGAAGAAGAAGGACCUGGAAAACGCUCUGAAAAAGCUGCAGAAUGACGAAAAGUACCUCAAGGCGAAGGAGGAUGUCAAGGCUGCAGAGGCCCAGGCCCAGAAAGAAGCGGAGCGAGCUGCUUUGAAUGGCAAGGCCGCGGACAAAAAGGGCGACAAGACGGCCAAGAAGAAGGAUGAGCCGAAGGCCGCACCAAAGGCAGACGCCAAAGCGGACGAGGCGACCUUCAAGGACAUCGACGAGGCUUUCGCUGCCUCCGGCAAGGAUGCCGCCGACAAGAAGGCCGUUGCCAUCAGCACUCUGGAAGCUUUGUGUGCAGCCACGCCGUUCGUUCUGCCAAGGCUGCCACAGCUCAUCCCCCUCUUCGACAACAGCAAGCUGGCAGCACCUGCUGUCAAGGCAGCCACGGCAAUCGUUGAGGCAGUUGCCCCGAAGGGUCAUGGCAUCGCAGAUCUGGUCAUGCCAACCCUUCUGGCCGGCAUCGACGACAAGAAGUGGAAGGUGAAGGUUGGAUGCAUCCAGGUCAUGCUUCCAGCACUGAAGCAGAUGGAGGAUCUCGUCCUCAUCAAUGAGGGUGUCACAACGCUGCAGCUCUCCCAGUGGCUGCCCACAAUCGUGUCCAAGCUUGCCGAGGCCGCCUUGGAAGUCCGCGCGGAGAUCCGAACAGCAACAGGGGCGGUCUUGAAGGAGAUCGGCGCUUUUGUUGCCAGCCCGGAGAUCAAGGCUCUCUCGGCGGAUCUGGUCACGGCCCUGGCAGAGCCCACGAAUCAAAAGCACACCCAGGGUGUCCUUGCAAAAAUGGGCAACACCACCUUCAAGUCAAUGAUCGACGAGGCAUCUCUGGCCUUGCUCUUGCCAAUUGUCUUGCGUGGUCUCAAGGACAGAGAAGCCACAAGCAAGAAGUGGUCUGCACAGAUUUUCGGAUCUGCAACACUUCUCGUGCGUGAUGUUGAUUUCCUCAAGCCUUACCUCAAGCCUGCGUUUUCCCUUCUCCAGGCUGCUCUGAACGACUCCGUCCCAGAGGUGCGGCGAGAGGCUGCCAAGGCAUUCGGCAUUUUGGAGCAGGUGCUCCCGGAAUGGUCUCGCACUGUUUGCCAGCCCUACCUCUUCGGCAAGCUGCGCGCCGGCGAUGCCUCCGAGCAGAUCGGGGCAUCCCUGGGCCUGGCCGAGGUCUUCGUCCGCAUGGAGAAGGCCAAACUCUCGCAGCUCCUUCCGGAGGUGCAGAAGGGCGCCAACGACGAGAAGUUGGCUGUGCGACGAGGGUUCCUGGAGCUCAUGGACACAAUGCCGCAGGCCAUGAAGAUGGACUUCGUUCCUUUCAUUGAGCGCUUGUUCCCUGCUAUGCUCUUGGGCGUCACUGGUGAGAAGGACAUCACCGAUGAUCCGGCCCUCAAGGCCGCCCAGGCCCUUGUGGGCCGCUUCGGCGAUCUGUGCCCGGAGCUGCUGAUCUCCGCCUUCGAGGGCGCGUACGCCGCGGCCCUGGGGUCAGGCGAUUGGAAGAAGUUCCAGAUUGUGCGCGAGAAGUCUAUGCAGCUCCUUCUGAAGACUGCGGAGAAGAUCCUGGAGCACAAGAAGUUCGGCCAAGACCUGUUGACCUGUGACGAGUGCUCAUCGAAGGAGAUCCGACUCCGCAUCCUGAUCCUCGCCUUCGUGGCCCGCAACGAUCCGGAUGCUGCGGUGAAGCGUGUUGCCAGCAACGUCUGGAAGACCUCCGGCGGCUCACCCAAGAUGCAGAAGACUAUCGCCCAAGAGCUGAGUGACACCAUUGCAAAGUGGCGUUCAGGUGCCAUGGGUGCCGGGCUGCAGAAGGUUGCAAAGGAAGCGCUUGCCGAGAUGGUCAAGGCCGGCGAUGCCGAGCAGCCUGCGGAGGAGCCUGAGGCUGUCAAGACUGACUUCGCUUUCGAGCCCGCGAAGACCUCGAACGAGGGAGCCGCUCGCAUCGCUGCAGGCGAGUCUCCCAACAGUCAAGAGGAAGGUGAUGUCGCAACGAAAGAGGAUUGCCAGAUGGUGAAAGCGGUCAAUGGUUUCUUCGAGAAGAAGACUGAGUUUGGUUCCCUGCCAGGAGACCUCCAGAAAUUCCUCUUGGCCGUUUCUGCAAGUGUCAUCCGCGAGGGCCACAAGAAGAAGAUGCCGGGACCCAAGGUCGUGGAGGAGCUUCAACUGGCCCUCCAGCAAGCUUGCGGCUGCUGCAAGGAACAGGCCGAAGGCUUCCUCAAGACGUUGCCAGAGUCGUCGGAGGCUGUGGCGCGUGAGGCCCUCGGCGCGGACUUCGAUGCAUUGGCGGGCGAGGGCUAUGAUGCCGAUACCCUGUUGCGCGUCGAGAACAUGUUGCUGAUGUACGGAGCGGGCAAGCUCCUUCUGAAGGACACGCUCCUCGAACUGAAAGCCAAUCGUCGCUACGGUGUCGUUGGUCACAACGGAGCAGGCAAAACGACAUUGAUGAAAGAGAUCGUCCAUGGCCGCAUUGUGGGCAUGCCGACUCAUCUUCGCUGCGUUCACGUCGACGAUUCCAAGCUGGGAGAGAUGAGCAAAAGCAGCUUGAACGCCUUGGAGUACGCCUUGUGUCUGCAAGUUAUUGGAGUGAAAAUGAAGGCCAUGGAGAUUGGCGUCACGGAUGCCAGCGCAGACAACCUCCGAAGAGUUGGCUUUCCAGAGAAGAUGUUUGAGGUGCCAGUGGCCGAGCUUUCCACAGGAUGGCGCAUGCGGCUGACCCUGGCCGUGUCCAUGCUGAAGCACGCAGACAUUGUCCUGCUGGAUGAGCCCACGAACCACUUGGAUCAGGAAUCUGUGGACUGGCUUGGAGACUACCUCCUUACUCUGACGAAGUCCUCCGUUAUGGUCAUUUCCCACGAGCCCAAGUUCCUCAACAAGAUCUGCACCGACAUUAUCUCCUACAAGGACAAGUCGCUGGUUUAUACGGCAGGAAACUUCGAUGCUUUCGUCAUGGCCAAGGGCAUCAAGGCUGACGACAUCGAAGCGCUGCUUUCCGGCAACUUGAAGCUCGACGAGGACGAAGAGGGCGAAGAGGGCGGUGACGACAAGAAGGCGGCCAUCGUUCAAGCUCCCAUUGCCGGUCCGCCCAAGAUUGCGUUCCCGAUCCCUGGUUCCGUGGAGGGAGUGAAGUCGAGCUCGAAGGCACGGCUGAGCAUGGCCAAACCACAGGAAGACCAUGUCCCCGAGCCCCGAAAGCCCGUAGCUGUGAAUCCACUGGAGGCCGUGAUUGAGUUCAAGAACCUGUCCUUCCGCUACGGCAAGGACAAGGACUACCUGAUCAACGAUGUGGCCGGCAAGCUGUCUUUGGGCUCUCGCGUUGCCAUCUGUGGACGAAACGGUUGCGGAAAGUCCACCCUCAUGACGUUGAUUUGUUCAGAGAUGAAUGCCACGGAGGGCAAGGACGGUAAGCUUGGCGACGUGACUCGCCACUGCAACUUGCGAGUGGCCUACAUGAAGCAGGACCACCUCAAGACCCUCGGACCAUACUUCGACACAUCUCCCUUGAACUACAUCACCCAGCGGUUCAAGAAUGGCUACGACGAGGAGCUGCAGAAGCGCCUCAUCGAGCCCGAGGAUGACGAAGAGGCGGCUCGACGGGCCACCCUCGCCAAGCAGUCGCCCGGCAGCCGUGCAAGCACUUACAAAUCGCCUGUCGGCACAUGGCACCUAAGGCAUGGAAAGUACGGGAACCAGGUGGGGGAGCUGCUGAGUCGAAGCAAGCAGGGCAGCCAGCUCUACUACGAGGCACAGCUUGACAGUUUUACGUUCCGGCCGAUGGUCGUUCAGAAGCUACUGGUAGGUUUCUGUCUUUGUGUGUCGCAAGCCACGAUUCUGAAGCUGGCAGGUCAAGUGGGAGGGCCUGGAUGA